AUGGCAUUGUCAGGGAAAUUAAGUUUGGCUUUGUUGCCUCUAAACCUCAAGGCGGCCUCAUCGUAUGCCCUAGCUGCGGCCUCGGCAGUGUUAAAUGUACCCAACCAAACAUUGGCGGUAGUUCUAUGUGAAUCCUUUAUAUUUGCAGACCAUCUGCCCAAUGGCGUCUGUCUCACUCCUAUGGCAGAGGGCCGGCAGCAAGUUUAUGAUAUUUUCUGGGGAACAUUAAGUUUUGCUAUGUUACCUCUAAACCUGGCUGCGACGGCCUCAGCAGUGUCAAAUGUUCCGACCCAAACUCUCAUAUGUGUGUGUGGUUCCUUUAUUUCUGCUAUCCAUCUACCCGAUGAUUUCUGUCUUGCUUUGUAUCUUCUUCUCUCUCUUGUUUCGUCCCCUGAUAUUUCUACCUCUACUAAACCUGGAGGCAGCGGUCGAGGCUGCAGUGGAGAAGAGCUGGUGAUUGGCCUAUCUCGCGUGACAUGGGAAAAAGUAGAUGUCAGCUUCCACAAGAGCAAGCUUAAAUUUGCUGCACAUAGUAUUAUUCAGGUAAAAGAGCAUCACAUGCAUACUGAAGGUGGUGGAGGUGGUUGUAGAUUUGAGGUGAAGAUGGGUGGUGGUGGGUUGUGA